AUGGCGACCAAUCCUAGUAGUUUUGCCUACAGUGAUGUCUCCCCAGCAGUGCCAAACUGGCUAAACAAAGGUGACAACGCAUGGCAGCUCACGGCAGCCACCUUGGUAGGGCUGCAGAGCAUGCCGGGCCUCAUCAUACUCUAUGCAAGCAUAGUUAAGAAGAAAUGGGCAGUCAACUCCGCCUUCAUGGCCCUCUACGCCUUCGCCGCCGUCCUCAUUUGUUGGGUGCUUGUCGGCUACCGCAUGGCCUUUGGAGACGAGCUCCUUCCAUUUUGGGGUAAGGGAGCUCCUGCCUUAGGGCAGAAGUUUUUGAUCCACCGAGCCAAGGUGCCGGAGAGCAAGCAUUUACCGAGCGAGAUGGUCGAGCCGUUUUACCCUAUGGCGACGCUUGUGUACUUUCAGUUCACUUUUGCUGCCAUCACGUUGAUUUUGUUAGCUGGGUCAGUUCUUGGGCGCAUGAACAUCAAGGCUUGGAUGGCUUUUGUUCCACUUUGGCUUAUCUUUUCUUACACUGUUGGAGCCUUUAGUCUCUGGGGUGGAGGGUUCCUCUAUCAUUGGGGUGUCAUUGACUACUCCGGUGGUUAUGUCAUCCACCUCUCCUCCGGCAUCGCCGGUUUCACGGCGGCUUAUUGGGUUGGUCCAAGGUUGAAGAGUGAUAGGGAGAGGUUUCCACCAAACAACGUUUUGCUUAUGCUUGCCGGAGCCGGGCUACUAUGGAUGGGAUGGUCAGGUUUCAACGGCGGAGCACCAUAUGCAGCAAACAUCAACGCUUCAAUUGCGGUGUUGAACACAAACAUAUGUGCCGCCACGAGUCUUCUUGUGUGGACUUCUCUAGAUGUCAUGUUCUUCGGAAAGCCAUCGGUGAUCGGAGCCGUCCAGGGAAUGAUGACGGGGCUCGUGUGCAUUACGCCGGGAGCAGGAUUAGUUCAAGCGUGGGCGGCUAUAAUAAUGGGAAUUGCUUCUGGAAGCGUUCCAUGGGUGACCAUGAUGGUUCUUCAUAAAAAGUCUUCCCUGUUACAAAAGGUAGAUGAUACUCUAGGGGCAUUUCAUACACACGCAGUGGCCGGACUCCUAGGGGGCCUCCUCACCGGACUCUUUGCCGAGCCAGCUCUCUGCAGGCUCAUACUGCCGGUUAGCAAUAGUCGGGGUGCCUUCUACGGUGGAAAUGGCGGAGUCCAAUUUCUGAAACAAAUUGUGGCUGCCUUGUUUGUGAUUGCUUGGAACGUAGUCUCGACCACAAUUAUUCUUCUGGGUAUAAGAUGCUUCAUACCUUUGAGAAUGCCUGAUGAACAGCUUUUGAUCGGAGAUGAUGCAGUUCAUGGAGAAGAGGCCUAUGCUCUUUGGGGUGAUGGAGAAAAAUAUGAUCCAACAAAGCAUGGCUGGAAUACAUCUGUUUAUGGUGAAGAACUGGCACCGUCUCCAUAUAUCAAUGGGGCAAGAGGUGUCACCAUUAAUUUGUAAGCCAUAUGUGAUCACAGGCUGCCACUUCUGCCCAUGUUCACAUAUGAAUAGUACCUGUAAGUAGAAAUUUUGGAUAAAUGCUGGUGAAAUGCAAUGUUGUUAUCGUGUUUGGUGUAAACUGUAUCUUGCUGAUGUAAGCUAAAAUGGAUCCAGAAUUAGACUAAGGAGACCAAGAUCGUCAUCUGACCUCGACUAACAAGACAUAACCUUACAAAAAUCUGACUACUAGUGUUUCAAUCAUCCUCCAAAGUCCAGAAUUCAUAAAAAAUGGUAGUGUGAGACACACGGUAAACCCCACCUGAGUCACCAACUUACAGUCACACUCAAACCCAACAAACCUUAUCAUCACAAUAUGCUUUCUCCAAUAUUCAACACCAUCCUGGAUCUCUUUAUCCACAACCGACUAUUGAAUAUUGUUUCCACCAGGCCACAAGUCCCUGAUGGCUGAAGGUAACACCAAGCUUUAAUAAUGGGAGAUUAUGGAAUUACAGAAGGACCCAUGAAUUGAAAUAGAUCGACAAGGGUGAGUAUGAAAGAUGAACUGCUCACAAGCCUAAUACAAAUCCAAGAUGUACCAAUUUCCAUCCAUUCUUAUGCAGAUGCUCCUAUACGAUGAUAGCUAACUUUACCACAUAAUCUAUGUUCCAUGACGAAUCUCGU